AUGACUGAUAUGCACUCGGGGCUCCAUGUGGGCCAGCGAUUCUCCUCGCUGGAGGACUUUAAAACAACGAUACGGAGCAUAUCGGUCAGACAGCACUGGGAGCUCCGUGUAGCUCGGAGCAACAAGAAGAGCGUGGUCAUUGGUUGUCGAUCCUCUGCCAAUUGCUUUUUCCGGGUGGUUUGCCGUUCAAACAAGAACGCGACCUAUAUCACCAGUCUCCAGGAUAGCCAUAGUUGCCCUCGCGGUGCAGAGUCUCCUUCUGCCACACCUGCCCGCUCGGAAGCAUCACACGUGCGAUUCCUGCUGAGUGAGAUCCCUAAGCUGUUCGAUAUGAAAUCGAAGAUCAAGGCUCAAGAUGUUGUGGAUGCCGUGAAACGCUACCAUGGAUAUGAGAUCUCGAUGCGACAGGCACAGCGAGCACUUACCAAGCUCCAGCCACGACACUCCGAUAGUCAGGGUGAACAGCCCCUUGAUCUUGACAUGAGUGCUGGAGAACAGCAGUCGCCAGAGCAAUCUCCGUCGGAGUCUCAAGGAGAAGUGGCACAGGUCUUCAGGGAGAUGUCUGAGAAUCGGUGGCUACCAGAUAAUCUCCCUUCACUGAUUGACGAUGAAAAUAUUCAAUCGAGUGAAGGACCAAGUAACAUUUUACCCGGACCACCUCCUGGCCAACAAUCCUUGCCACCUCCACCUCAAGUACAGCACCCUCACAUGCCCAAUCCGUCAUUACUCCGCCCAAAUCCACACCCAAUGGAUCUAUCACAAUCGGGAGCCGACUAUGAAACCACUGGCCCCUUGCCAGUAGCAGUAGCGACACAACCGAAAGACCAGCCCUACACUCAGCGAAGUGACCACUCAGAGAUACCCCAGAUGAUUCUUACGAACUUCAAGAUUGAGUUCACCUGCACGACCUGCGGGUCCCUGAAUCAAAGCUUCUUCCCGAACCAGGGCAAUGUUACCGGUGCCAACUACAUGCCUCACCACGCUGCACCAAGUCAUGUCACGCGACAUCCUGUACCAGCUCCCCAGAAUGGAGUAGGUAAUAACAAUGCAGUCGCUGAAGAUGCAAGAUAUGAUGUCAAUGCCGCUACCACACCAACAAUCCAGAAUAGUUGGGCUACUGGUGGCCUGGGAGUUCCCAUUGGAUCGACGCACACCUAA